AUUAGUCGAGUUGAAAUUUUGGUUGGUGUAGGACAGUGCAUGACGCUCGUCCGCUUGAAUAUUGAACGUGCGUUCUAGCGUGGUUGUUGUGUAGUUAUUUGAUUGCCGAAAAGUGAACAAAAUAUUUGAAGUUGUGUGAAACUCGAUUCGAUGGAAAUCGGAAAAGUGUUGCCUAAUGGCGAAAGUCGAAAGAAACUAGAGCAGUCAAACAGGAUGGUUCAACAACAUAUCACAUACCUUCGUUGCUGAUGACACUCCAUGGAAAUAAAGUCGUCCCUAGCGCACGGAUACGCUUCGAAACCCGAUGACAGCUGAUCAACACACCCGGAAAAAAAGAACAAGAUAACGUGCAACAUGACAUCCAUCUGGUUGGGCAUAGUGGUUCAGUAAGCUAAAGCGAGUGAAGAAGAAGAGUGUGAGUGAGUGGUUGCGAUUUUAGAAUCGGUGUGGAGUGUUCGUUUCCGCGCAGUGUUGAAAUCGAAAUCUCGAGUGAAUGUGAUCACUGGAAUUGGUGCAACGGCUUGCAAAGCAGUGGUGCUGCAUGAAGGAGACCCAUACGGUGUCGACAUUUGCAGCAGCAGCAGCAGCAGCAUCAGAAGUGUCUAGGGCAGCAUGAUGACCAUACGUGGGAUUUGGUCAGGACCUCAGUUUAAAAUGUUAGUGCUGCUGACCGUGACGGUGGUGUUGGCGUUGGUUGUGCCAUCCAACGAGGAACCGUACGGUGGUGGCGGUGGAUAUUUUGGAGCAGAAACACGAUGUCCGCGACUAUGUGCCUGCACGGGCACGACAGUAGAUUGUUCGCAUCGAGGAUUGACCCAGGUGCCGCGGAAGAUUCCAUCGGAGACCGAUAGACUGGAUCUACAAGGCAAUAACAUCAGUGCCAUCUACGAGUCCGACUUGCAAGGAUUGGCGAAGCUGCGAAUACUGCAACUGACGGACAACCAUAUCCACAACAUUGAGAAGGACGCCUUCCACGAUCUGAUAUCGCUGGAAAGAUUACGACUUAAUAGCAAUCGCUUAAAAACAAUACCAGAUAAUUUUUUAUCCAGUGCCGCUAAUUUGUUACGAUUGGAUCUGUCACACAAUGCACUUACCGCCGUACCGAAGCGUGCGUUCAAGGGAGCACCAGCCCUGCGUAGUCUUCAGCUGGACAACAAUCAAAUCACCUGCCUGGAUGAAGGUUCCGUGAAAGGGCUGACAGAGUUGGAAAUACUGACGCUCAAUAAUAACAACAUCACCACACUACCGCGCGACAUGUUUGCCGGAAUGCCACGCCUGCGAGCGCUGCGCCUUUCGGAAAACCCAUUUGCGUGCGAUUGCCAUCUUUCGUGGUUGGCCCGGUAUCUGAAGAAUGCAUCGCGUCUGGCACCGUACACCCGGUGCCAUUCGCCCGGUCAGCUUAAGGGACAAAAUGUGGCGGAUCUGCACGAGCAGGAGUUCAAAUGUUCCGGUCUAACGGAAAACGCACCGAUGGAGUGUGGUGGCCGCAGCCUCUGUCCACAUCCUUGCCGCUGUGCCGACGGAAUAGUGGACUGCCGCGAAAAAAGCCUUACCACCGUCCCGUCCACCCUACCGGAGGACACAACCGAGCUCCGGCUCGAGCAGAACUACAUCACCGAAAUUCCACCGAAAGCGUUCGCUAACCACCGGCGCCUUAAGCGGAUAGACUUGUCAAAUAACAAUAUUUCGCGAGUCGCCUACGAUGCCUUCAGUGGACUGAAGUCCUUAACGUCGCUUGUUCUUUAUGGUAAUAAAAUUAAGGAUUUACCGGCGAGCGUUUUCAAAGGAUUAACCUCACUCCAGCUGCUACUGCUGAACGCGAACGAAAUCAGUUGCGUGCGAAGAGACGCUUUCAAGGAUCUGCAUAAUCUUAGCCUUUUGUCACUGUACGAUAACAACAUUCAGUCGCUGGCCAACGGAACGUUCGACUCCUUGAGAAGCAUCCAAACGCUACAUUUGGCACGCAAUCCUUUCAUUUGCGAUUGCAAUCUACGCUGGUUGGGCGAUUAUCUGCUCCAUAAUCCCAUCGAAACCAGUGGGGCCCGAUGCGAUGCUCCGAAGCGUAUGCAACGCCGUCGGAUUGAUGCUUUGAAUGAUGAAAAGUUCAAAUGCACCGAUGACUACAGCAAGAUCAAAUAUUCCGGCGAAUGUCGCAUGGAUCAGGAAUGUCCCGCGGCUUGUCAUUGUGAUCGCACUACGGUUGACUGUUCGGGUCGGGGUUUAAAAGAAAUUCCGCGUGAUAUUCCUCUUUACACCACGGAACUAUUGCUGAACGAUAACGAGCUUAAUCGCGUUAAGUCUGACGGACUGUUCGGUCGGCUGCCAAAUCUUGCAAAGCUGGAUUUGCGAAGGAAUCAGAUAUCCGGUAUCGAGCCGAACGCGUUCGAAGGUGCCACCAGGAUACAGGAGUUGUUUCUAAGCGAAAACAAAAUCACCGAAGUGCACAACAAGAUGUUCCUGGGACUCCAUCAGCUGAAAACACUAUCGCUCUACGAUAACAUCAUUACCUGCGUUAUGCCCGGUUCGUUCGACUACCUGACAUCGCUGACACAGCUAAAUCUCGCAUCGAACCCGUUCCGUUGCAACUGCCACCUUGCAUGGUUCUCCGACUGGCUAAGAAAGAAGCAGCUGAACGGUCCGCCAGCACGUUGCACUUCCCCGUCGAAGGUGCGCGACGUGCCCAUCAAGGAUUUGCCACACUUUGACUUUAAGUGCACGUCGGACAUGGACCAAGGCUGUCUGGGCGAAGGUUACUGUCCACCAUCCUGCACCUGCACCGGUACGGUCGUUCGAUGUUCCCGCAACAAGCUGAAGGAAAUCCCUAAAUCCAUCCCGACCGAAACGACGGAACUGUAUCUGGAGUCGAACGAAAUCUCGAUGAUACAUUCCAAUCGCAUCAACCAUCUGAAGGCUCUUACCAGACUGGAUUUGAGCAACAAUCAGAUUGGCAUUCUGUCCAACUACACAUUUGCGAACUUGAGCAAACUCUCCACGCUAAUAAUAAGCUACAACAACCUGCAGUGUGUGCAGAAGCACGCGCUCUCGGGAUUGACCAAUCUGAAAGUGCUUUCCCUGCAUGGAAACAAAAUUUCCAUGAUUCCCGAAGGAACCUUCAAUGACCUACAAUCGAUUACACACAUCGCACUUGGAAGUAAUCCGCUGUACUGUGACUGUUCUCUUCGCUGGCUUUCGGAGUGGGUUAAGCGAGACUAUGUGGAACCGGGCAUUGCACGCUGUGCCGAGCCGGAACCGAUGAAGGACAAACUAAUCCUCUCCACACCGGCCAGCCAGUUCGUUUGCUCAGGAAAGGUUAGUAACGAAAUACUGUCCAAGUGCGAUGCUUGCUACACCUUCCCGUGCAAGAACGAGGCCGUUUGUAGUGCACUUCCGGAGCGACAGUACGAGUGCAAGUGCAAACCGGGCUACCACGGAACGCACUGCGAGUUUAUGAUAGAUGCGUGCUACGGUAAUCCUUGUCGUAACAAUGGUACCUGCACCGUGCUGGAAGAGGGCAGAUUCAGCUGUCACUGUCUGCACGGUUAUUCCGGUUCCCGGUGCGAGGUGAACAUUGAUGACUGCGUGGGCCACAAGUGUCAGAACAACGGUACUUGUGUGGAUGGCGUCAAUUCGUACAGCUGUUCCUGUGCGGCCAGCUUCACCGGAGAGUACUGCGAAAGCAAGAUUGAGUUCUGCGGUAAGGACUUUAAUCCGUGCCAGAACGGUGCGAAAUGUGUGGACCACACGACACAUUACAGUUGUGAAUGCUUGCCCGGAUACCGGGGGCUUAACUGUUCGGACAACAUCGACGAUUGCGUGAACCAUAUGUGCCAGAAUGGAGGUACCUGCGUGGAUGGCAUCAACGAUUACACUUGCAAAUGUCCCAAUGAGUUUACGGGCAAAUUCUGCGAAGGUGCCCCAAUGGUUGCGAUGAUGUAUCCGCAAACGUCACCUUGCCAGCAGCACGAAUGCAAGUUCGGUGUCUGCUUCCAGCCCAACCCUGCCAGUGCGGACUACAUCUGCAAGUGCGCUCCUGGCUAUUCGGGCAAACGGUGUGAAUACCUAACCAGCUUAACGUUCCUGCACAAUAAUUCGUUUAUCGAGCUGGAACCGCUCCGUACCAAGCCGGAAGCAAACGUGACGAUCGUGUUUAGCAGCACGCAACAAAACGGUGUGCUUAUGUACGAUGGGCACAACGAGCAUCUGGCGGUGGAGCUGUUUAACGGUCGUAUUCGUGUGAGCUAUGACGUGGGCAAUGAUCCCGUGUCCACGAUGUACAGCUUCGAAAUGGUCGCCGAUGGCAAGUACCACAUGGUGGAGCUGCUGGCAAUUAAGAAAAACUUUACGCUUCGAGUCGACCGUGGCCUGGCACGCUCCAUCAUCAACGAAGGUUCGAAAGACUAUCUGAAACUGUCGAGCCCGAUGUACCUGGGAGGUUUGCCGGCAGAGCCAGGCCAGCAAGCGUACAAACAGUGGCACCUCCGCAACCUGACAAGCUUCAAGGGCUGCAUGAAGGAAGUGUGGAUUAAUCACAAGCAGGUCGAUUUUCUGAAUGCUGCACGGCAGCAAAAGAUCACGCCGGGCUGUGCACUGCUAGAUCAGGAUGCCGAAGGCGAAAUGGACGACGAUUUUAUGCAGGAAACGCCGGUGAUCCUUAAAGAGGUUAAUCCUUGCGAGAAUCAUCAAUGCAAACGGGGAGGAAAGUGUGUGCCCAACGGUAAGGGUGGCUACACGUGCAAGUGUAAGAAAGGCACCAAGGGCAAAUACUGCGACCAAGGUGAGGGAUCGGUUUCGCUAGUGAUCGACGAGGACCCGUUCAAAACUUCCUCUUCCGCUGCCAACACUUGUCGCAAGGAGCAAGUACGAGAGUACUACACAGAGAACGAUUGCCGCUCAAGGCAACCGCUCAAGUACGCCAAGUGCGUUGGAGGAUGCGGCAAUCAGUGCUGCGCUGCCAAAGUCGUACGUCGAAGAAAGGUACGCAUGGUGUGCAACAACAACACCAAAUACGUGAAGCAGCUGGAUAUUGUGCGAAAGUGCCACUGUACAAAGAAAUGCUACUGACUGCAAGACGCGACUACCCAUAAACCACCACCAUCAUCAAUAAUAUCUGUGCAGCAUGUAGCAUCACUCAGUGGCAUAAACCCGAACGGCCAGCAAAAUGGCAUCCUAGGAUUACAAUUAUCUAGUUUAAGUGAAGCUAAUUUAAAUACUAUUACUACUACUACAACUACUACUCCUACUAUACACAGCAGCUCUAGUGAUAAGUGGAUAAACUUUGAGGUCGAUUACGAUGACGAAAUGAUGCAGAACGAUGCUCCAGCGCCGGCCCCAUUGGCAGUGGUACCAAUCGAGCAGCCACACACGACGGAAACGCUUCCUUCCGGAAGUUCCGUCGGUAGUACGGUUGUUGGGGAUGACUUUCAUCGCGUAAUGCACCAACUAGAAGAGCUCAAGGAGAAACCUUUGUUCAGUGAGGAUGAGCUCGAGGAAGCCACCGAAGAUGACGAUCUGUUUGACGAUGAAGAUUACGACCUGGAGGAGGUCAUACGUCGGCAUAGACAGAAAUUAGAGGAAGCCCGCCAGAAGGCAGGAAUCGUCGAUGACGAUGAUGACGAUUACUACGACGACUACAGUGCCGAGGAGGACGAAGAGGAGCAAAGACGAAAGCAGACAAAGCAAGCAAAAGCUAGUGCCGCACCGGACGACGGAGGCAACACCGAAAAUGUUAUGCAGGACUACCUGAGCAACAUCAAGAGCAAAUCGGCUCCUCAUCGGUUCAAGUCAAAGUUUGAUGACUUUAGCGAUUCCGGCGACGGAGACCUGCUGUCCGGCAUUAGCAGCAGUCGGAAGCUGCGCAAGAAUGAUUCCAUCAAAAUCAUCUCCACUCCGAACGGGAAGGUCGGCAUUGUGUACAAGGUAGAACCGAAGGUAACCGAGGAAGAAUCGACCAGGAAAGCGACAUCCGACAACAACGGUGCCGGUGCGGGGACGAAUGGUGGUGUGGCGAGUGGCGGUGAGCAGCGACAGAAUAAGAUCACGCCUGUCAUAACGGCCGACGGUAAGGUGGCCUUGCUGUACCGGGGAGCAUCCGACAAUGGUGACACGUUCCGCAACAAGUACGAACCCAUCACGG